AUGCUCGUCAUCACGGACCCUUUCCAUGCGCUAUGGAAUAAUUGUUCCUUGGCGAUUUUCAUAGCCUUCACCAGCUAUAUGGCACUGGUUAAAGCUCUUCGGUACCGCCGUAUGGCAAAUAUAGAGGCCCCGUUCGCCAAUCACCGGAGGCCCUUAUCAAGCAUGACAGUCAAAGAGGCCAAUGUGAUUAUGGCCCAAUUGCAAGAAAUGGAAUUUCCAUAUGCGUUCGCUAAGGCUCGUCAAAUGGCCUUGCUGAAGGCCGGAGGUAUUCCGACGAUGUCGAAGCUUUUCGCCGUGACGGGCCAGAACAACAGGCGUAAUGCGGGCAAGCGUGCUGUUGACACGGAAAUCCUCUUGCGGGAGUCGCAGUCCCAGCCUCGAGAUUCGGAUCGUUAUGCAUCGGCUGUGGCGAGAAUGAACUAUCUCCAUGCCCGCUACCGCCGCGCCAACAAAAUCACCGAUGCUGAUCUUCUCCACACCUUAGGUGAUGGGCUUGUCGAGAUCCUGAAUGUGGUAGAGAGAGAAGAGUGGCGACAGCUUACUGAUGUUGAGAAAUGUGCCCUUGGUAUCUUUCACAAGAGCCUGGGCGAGGAUAUGGGAAUCCCAUUUGAUGUGCUUCCCUCAAGCGCAGAAGGGUGGAAAGAUGGCCUGCACUUCGCGAUAGAACUGAACCAGUGGACCAUCAACUAUGAAGAAGAAGUUGCGAGACCGACCGCAACAAAUGACCAAUACGUCCGAGUCUACGUUGACUCUGCGCUUCCUCGCUUCUUGAAAUCAGUGGUGCGACAGAUGCUGGGUGCUGACUUGGAUGAUCUCAUGAGGACAAGCUUGGGUCUCGAACGGCCCAGCCUUUCCCUCUCUCUUGUGCUAGGACUCGUUCGAAAUACACGAAAGCUAGUCCUUCAACACCUUGCACUCCCACGUCCCGCGUUCCUUGCCGUCAGACUCGUGCACGAUACGCCAAACCCGGAAACGAAUCUGUACAAUUUCGAACGAAAGAGCCUCCAGCCAUGGUACAUGCGACCUAACCUCUGGUCAAAAUGGGGACCCGGGGCGUUGUUCGUUAGAAUAUUCGGAGGCAGGAUGCCCGGUUCGCACGGAGACCGGUAUCUGCCACAGGGAUACAACUUGAUGACAAUCGGGCCGGAGCCACAGAAGGGAAAGGGAUUGGAAGAAAUGAGUCUCGACAUGGAGGUGAUCAAGGCGAGAGGCGUGGCCACAUGUCCAUUCUCUCAGGCAAAGUCGGGUAGCUUCAAAUGA